CGGGACUGACGCAGAGCCGAGGCAGCAGCAGCAGCGGCAGCAUCCUCCUCCUCAGUAACACACCGUGUCCCUCUCCUGUCUCCCACCGGCACCGAGGUGUUUUCUCACCGAGCAUCCUCCGCAAAAUAACGAGAUAAAAGAUAAGAUGGCCACCUCCUCCUCCACUCUGGAAGACGACGAGAGUUUGAAGGGCUGUGAAAUUUUUGUGCAGAAGCACAACAUCCAGCAGAUCCUCAAAGAGUGCAUAGUGAACCUCUGCAUCGCUAAGCCUGAGCGUCCUAUGAAGUUCCUGAGGGAGCAUUUUGAAAAGCUGGAGAAGGAAGAAUGCAAGCAAAUCAUGGCACGUCAGAAGUCUAACAGCCAGUCGGAUUCACAUGAUGAUGAAGUUUCUCCCCCACCGCCAAACCCAGUUGUCAAGACCCGGCGCCGCAGAGGAGGGGUCAGUGCCGAGGUCUACACCGAAGAGGAUGCUGUCAGCUACGUUCGCAAGGUGAUCCCAAAGGACUACAAGACCAUGACCGCCUUGGCCAAAGCCAUCUCCAAGAAUGUGCUGUUUGCUCACCUGGACGACAAUGAGAGAAGUGACAUAUUUGAUGCCAUGUUCCCCGUCACUCACAUCGCAGGAGAAACAGUCAUCCAGCAAGGCGAUGAAGGAGACAACUUCUAUGUUAUUGACCAAGGCGAAGUGGACGUGUAUGUGAACGGUGAGUGGGUGACCAGUAUUGGAGAAGGGGGCAGUUUUGGAGAGCUGGCCCUGAUCUAUGGAACUCCCAGAGCUGCCACUGUCAAGGCCAAGACUGACCUCAAGCUGUGGGGUAUCGACCGAGACAGCUACCGACGUAUCCUCAUGGGUAGCACACUGCGGAAGAGAAAGAUGUACGAAGAGUUCCUGAGCAAGGUCUCCAUCCUUGAGUCCUUGGACAAGUGGGAACGUCUGACUGUAGCCGAUUCUCUGGAACCAGUGCAGUUUGAGGACGGAGAGAAAAUAGUUGUCCAAGGAGAUCCUGGUGAUGACUUCUUCAUUAUCACAGAGGGAAUAGCCUCUGUUCUACAGCGCCGGUCUGACAAUGAGGAGUACGUGGAGGUUGGACGCCUCGGACCCUCAGACUACUUUGGUGAAAUUGCCCUGCUGUUGAACCGUCCCAGGGCAGCCACCGUAGUCGCCCGCGGCCCCCUCAAGUGUGUGAAGCUGGAUAGGCCCCGCUUCGAGCGUGUGCUGGGGCCGUGCUCAGAGAUCCUCAAGAGAAACAUCCAGAGAUACAACAGCUUCAUCUCCCUCACCGUGUGACAGGUCGGCCCCCGUGGGCCCCACCAGCAG